GAUGGGGCGGGGCCAGUAAUGAGGGGCGCUGCGGAUCUGUUGCGGUGGCGGAGCCUACUCCACCUGCCUGCGAUGCGGUACAAACACCGCACGAAGUGUGUACAGAUUCACUGUCAGACUGCGGGAGGGACCUGGGAGCGGCCACGGGUAACUGGAAAUUAGUGAUACCCACUGAGCUGGGAGGCUCUUGUGACUGCCCCAGCCCAGCUGUCAUCACAAGUCUCUUAUCAUCGUCUAUGCAAGGCUGCUUUAUCACUAGGAGACCAAGAGCUCAAGCAGGGCCUCUGUGCCCUGCUUCUUCCCUGACCUGAGUUGGAUCCAGGACCAGCUGCUGUCCUCCUGUUCCCUCCGACACUGUCCUCACAGCUCCGUCAUGACCCACUUGCUGACAGUAUUCCUGGUGGCUCUGAUGGGCCUGCCUGUGGCCCAGGCUCUGGAGUGCCACGUAUGUGCCUACAAUGGAGACAACUGCUUCAAACCCAUGCGAUGCCCCGCCAUGGCCACCUACUGUAUGACCACGAGAACUUACUUCACCCCGUACCGGAUGAAGGUGAGGAAGUCCUGUGUUCCCAGCUGCUUUGAGACCGUGUAUGAUGGCUACUCCAAGCACGCGUCUGCCACCUCCUGUUGCCAGUACUACCUGUGCAAUGGUGCUGGCUUUGCUACCCCAGUGACCUUGGCCCUAGUCCCGGCACUCCUAGCUACCUUCUGGAGCUUGCUAUGAAGAGCUUUGUUCCCCAAACCAGACCCCCUCAAACACAACACUCUUUAAAAAAAAAAACAGUUACCCCCUCUCGCCCACUUGCUUCACCCAACCCUCUUCCCUCUGAGACUCCUCUGCCAUGAGGUUCCGUGGCUGUCUAUGAAAGGACUGAUGCCAUCCAGAUACCUCACUCCAAGGUCAUUUUCAGAAGGCUGAUGUGUGGACCUGGAAUGUGCCCAGUCAUGGGUGGGGCAGGCUCGGCUCCUCCUCUACCCAGGAUCAGGGGCAUCUGGGAGAGUGAUGUUUAUGGGGGGAGGGGUCAUUGCUUAAGUCAAGGAAUACUGGUUUAAUAGAAUUGGUAGCCAAACUCCA